CUUACCCCGUCAAGGCCACUUGGCACGGUCAGAGAAAAUAAGUUGUGGCCAUUUCCGAGAGAAGUUCCCUACCGUCUUGUCAUCUGAUAAACCCAUGAACUGUAAUAAUUGAAAUAUUAUAGCCCGACAAUUUAAGUAUAGAAACAACUCAGUCUAUCAACAUUCCAAUCAAACAGGAAUGGAGAAAUAAGGACAAACUUUGGGGAAAUACUGGCGAAUUCGGCUGAGAAACUUACGGGUGAUACAGUUGAAAUACUUAAGAGAGAAAUUAAAUUUUUUGAAUAUGGAAAGUAACAAUGAACAGGAUAAAGUUCAGAUAAACCUCAAUGGAACAAACCAUCCUCACACUGAAUCGAUAGAUCAGAAUUUUUUUAGUUCUCCUUCCAAUCAUCCUGUUUCUCUCACAGAGGCUUCCGUCCCGUCACUCGAAGCAUCAAAUGAAUUACCUAAGUCGUCUUCCAUUCCAUCAAUUUCUUCUAUAGCUAAGAAAGAAAUUCCGUCUGAUUAUGUUUUUGGAUCAAACAUUUCAUCACGCGUUGUGAAUGCUGACGUGUCGAAAGGUGCUUCGGUUAACUUAUGGACAUCAACAUCUACAAGUCAUGAUUCUGCCUCAAGUGUUUUUACUACAUUGGCUAAAGUAGUUACAGCCUCUCAGGCAAACUGUAAGGAUUCGAAAAAUCUAGAAGAUUCUGCUAAGGAAGUAGCCGAAGACAAACGGAAAGAAACAUUAACUUUGGCGGAAGUCGACCUAGUUACUGGUGAAGAAGGGGAAAUACCAAUCAUUCGACAGCACUGUCGAGCUCAUAUUUUCGAUGCUAAUAAACAGAAGUGGAAUAAUCUUGGAGCUGUUCAUUUCCAUUUAAAUGAUAUACCCAACAGCAGUGCUGAAGAGAAUAACGAUUCUCCAUGCAGGUCACGGAUAGUAGUGCGUUUAGUGUCUACACGCAGACUGUUGAUUAAUACUCUCAUUUGGUUACAAAUGCCUGCUGCUUUAGUUGACUCACGAACUUUGAGAAUAGGUGCAAUUAAUGAGGAAGGACACAUCAAAAAUUAUCUUUUUGGCUUUCCACCAGAUGAUUCAGCUUCCAAAAUAUUCGAAAUGAUAAGUUAUAGAAAGUCGAACGCUACUGCCAUGCCGUAUGAAAUUUAUCAUGACACAUCACCUGCUUCAACCAAAGAUCAGGUUACUGGUUGUAAGCGCCAGUUAGAAACUCAUGCAAUAUCAGAUGCUGACCACUCACUUCAUGCGCCCCCGAAAAUAGCCAAUACUGCUGUACUGCCAUCCACACCAAAUCUGGUCGCAUUUCCAAAGACUAAUAUAUUUAGACCAUCGGUAUUCUCUCCAGUUUGUAAAGAUUCGCCCAAUAAUUCAUCGACCCCAAGUCAGUCCGAUCAUGUGGGAGAACUACAGUUUCGCAAUUCACCGUUGGAUAACGUUGUUAAACGUCUCUGUGAAAGCAAUCCACCUGGUAAUUCUGAAUAUUCUACGCUUCCAUUUAACAGCAAAGUAAUUGAACCCCCAAAAUUGUCAUCGGGUGUAACUUCCCAGAAUAUGCCUCUCAGUUCGGUUUCAAAUAAUCAAUGUGCCGAUUUCAUAUUCGGGCGUAACGUCUCGGAGCGCGUCACUAAUGCUUCUUUAUCCACAGUUGUUAACCGUGAUCUCUCUGGAAAAGAUCUUUCUGUCGAGUCUUCAGAGUCAAACGACCGCAGUUUGUCUCCAGAAAAAGAAGAGAGUACAGAUGCUUCUGAAACUAGUGAUCACUGUACUGUUCUCCCCAGUAAGCGUACCCUCGAAGAAUCUGCCGCUGCAGUGACUUCUGAAAUGCUUGAAAAGUCGACGUAUCUCUUGGCUAAUCUUCCAGAAUCGCCUAUUCUUACUGGAGAAGAAGGAGAAUAUCUUACUCUAAAAGCUUACUGUCAUUUUUAUUGUUUUGAUCGUCACAAACAUGAGUGGAUCGGUCGUGGACAGGGUUACAUUCACUUGAAUGAUGUUGCAAUGAAAUCUUCAUCGUUACCUAAUCAAGUCUCCCCUUUUCCAUCUGGACCGCCUGCACGAUCUCGUUUAGUGAUUCGCACGUGCCAAACUUUAAAACUUUUGGCUAAUGUUCCUAUCUGGUCAGGUCUGAACGUUGCUAUGGCUGAUGAACGUUCUAUUCGUCUGACUACAGUUUGUCAUCCGUCAGAAACUCUGAAUGAUUCCCAAAAUAAGUCUUCAUGUUCUAUAGAUUCACUUGUUACAAAACCAGAAUUUUGCGCUUAUCUACUUGUUAUGCAUUCACAUAAAGAAGCUGAUCGUCUUUUUCAAGCUCUUAAUUCACGAAUAAACACGUUUACCAGUCGUUUAAAUGCUAAACCGACAUAUCUUCACGAAACAAAUAGUGCAUCUAACAGUCCUGGUGAUUUUUCAUCUAUUCAUUCCCGUACACAUGCUCAUCUUGAGGAAGGUGAUGACUCUCCUAGUAUUAGUAAAGUUGAUGGGGAAAACGUUCGACCAUACAUGAAAUUAGAAAUUAACAAACUGCCAUCAGAUGCAAAUUCUCAACCUAUUGGUUUCACACCACCUGAUAACACGAGUUGAUCUCUUGAGAGCAAAUUACAAGAUUUUCGAUCACAUCUUAGUGUAUUUUAUUAACCUUUAUUCAAAUCAUCUUGUUACGAACAAAACUGUUUUGAUCUAUAAAAUAUUUCAUGUAUCAUUCAUAUGUAUUCGUAUAUUUAUGAAGUCUCCUUCUGUUACAUACAAAUACGUGUCUAUUUAUUGUUCGCAUUACAUAAUUUUGAAUAUCCUAGUUUUGUUUCUUGAUUCAGCUUAUCCGUUUAAUAUACUGACUAACUCACUUUACUAUUGGAAACUAGUAAACAAACUACUAACUUGGUUAUUUAUUUCAAUUCGUUCUUACAUUUUUGGGAUUGAUCUCUUCAACGACUUCACUAUUGACUGUUUCGCCGUUUUUUUUAAAUAAGUCGUAGCUAAAUUAUGAACACGAACCUAUUUGUAGAAAAGUAGAAACACAAAAAUCUAGUAUCUCGUUUUUUUUCUUACAUCAUAACUACUUGUAAUUUCACAAUAAAGAUUUAGUCAUUAUUGGUGGAAAAUAUUGAUCACUCGAACUUUCCAGCUUCAGAUCAAUCACCACAAUCCAUUUAAAUUUUGCUGUUGUUACUCGUAAUAGGUAAUAAUGGCUCUAUUUCUCAAAGUGUACUUUGUGAGUCAAUUUUAUAAUUUACUCAUAAAACAAAAUUUACGGACUUCAGUUAUUAAUUUGCGCAAUUAUCUUCGAUCAAAUGUUCAAAGCAGUGGCAACGACUUUUUUUGAGAAUAAUUUGUUUUUUGAUUAAGUUUAAUGUAGCUGUAAAAUUAAAAUAUUUUAAUUUGCUUA